AUGGCUUGUGCCAACUCCGUGCCUACACUCUACAGAUCUGUAAUCGAAGAUGUAAUUGAAAGAGUGCGGAAUCUAUUUGCUGAAGAAGGUAUAGAGGAACAAGUCUUAAAAGACUUGAAGCAGCUCUGGGAAACCAAGGUCUUGCAGUCUAAAGCAACAGAAGAUUUGUUCAGGAACAGUGUCCAUUCGCCUCUCUACACCCUUCAGUUGCCGCACGGCAUGCACCAAACAUUGCAAACAUCAACAGCAUCUUUAGUUGUCCCUGCUGGUAGAUCUAUUCCCACUUUUACCACAGCAGAACUGGGCACCUCAAACUCCAGUGCAAAUUUUACUUUUCCUUCCAGUAUUGGUUAUCCUAUUCAUGUACCAGCAGGUGUGACGCUACAGACUGCAUCUGGCCACCUUUAUAAAGUCAAUGUGCCAAUUAUAGUGACACAGACUCCUGGAAGAGCAAGUAUUCUUCAGCAUCCAAUUCAGCAAGUAUUUCAGCAGCUUGGGCAGCCUUCAGUAAUACAGACCGGUAUUCCACAAUUGAGCCCAUCUUCUCUUCACGCAACUACUGAAAAACCACUGAGACCGGAAACUGUGUUCCAACAACCCACAAUUCUGUAUUCUGGGGCAGUGGAUAGGAAACAAGUAGAAAAUGUCACCACCGACAUAUUUGUACCUCCUGGGAAUGAGCACAAAGUCAUGUCGGAAGCUUUGUUGAGUCAGCAGGAAAGCCCUCAGCUUAUCAGUGUUCCAGGUGUCGUAUUUGCUCCACAGGUCUCUCAACUAGAUUCCAAUGUGAAGCUCAGUGUUUCAGCUAGCAUGACUCAGACUCUGCCUGGUGGGCCCUUCUCCGCAGGCCCUCGGGGGGCUCUGCACCAGCACCUGCCUGAUGUUCAGCUUCGUGUUCUUAAAAAUAGGAUGCAUGGAUGUGAUUCUGUAAAGCAACCGAGAAAUAUAGAGGAGCCCAGCAGCCUACCUGUCUCAGAGAAGGAUUCUAAUUCUCAGAAGGAUUUAAGUACUCCAUCCACAGAUGAUGAUUUCAAUGAAAUAAUUCAGAUAGACGGAGCCGGAGAUGUAUCUUCCAGUGAAGAAAUAGGAAGUUCAAGAGAUGUAGAUGGGAAUGACUUUCUAGGGAUGGUUGAUGCAGAACAGCUGAAGUUACUUGAAGAAGAAGGUGACAGUAUAUCAAAUGAUUCUACUGUGAACAGCAAUGAUAAUGAAGACUCUCAAACAGAAAUUGUAGAAGAGGACCCUUUAAAUUCCGGAGAUGAUGAUAGUGAGCAGGACGUGCCAGACCUGUUUGACACGGAUAAUGUAAUUGUCUGUCAGUAUGACAAGAUUCAUCGAAACAAGAACAAAUGGAAAUUCUAUUUGAAAGACGGUGUUAUGUGUUUUGGAGGGAAAGACUUUGUAUUUGCAAAAGCUAUUGGUGAUGCUGAGUGGUAAAUCUUAUGAGCUCAGUACAUUAACUUUGUAAAUCGGUGGGACUACAUUGCAUGUUGUGAAACUUAACUUUUAUUUUAAAUACAGUCCAGUACAGAACUGCUCAAAUUUUUUGUUCACUGUAUGGAAUUGAAUAAAUUAUAAUUCAGAUGCAGAUACAA